AUGUCAAAGGAGCUGUACAAGGCCAAGCGGCGUCGGUCCAGCGUCCGAGAGCACAUGAGAAUGCAGCAGAAGGCUGCUGGAGCGUCUGGUUGUUCAAAGGUGGAGACGCUCCUGAUGACACUGGAAGCUGCUAGCAAUAACUUGGAGAUAGUGCUGCCAUUUAUUCCGGAGGAGCUGCGGGAGAAGCUAGCAAGCACGGAGUUCUCUACCCUGUGCGAUGAGAAAUUCAGGGCUCUGGACGUCGAAGACCGUGAGCUGACCUCUAACGACCUCAUCCCGGUCAUUGUGGAGCUAAGUCGGGCUCAAAAAGAUUCUAUAUCAACGGAGCAAUGCAGGAAGUUUGCAGACAUGUUCGACUCCAAUCAGGACGGCUUGAUCAACAUUGCAGAAUUCACACAGAUGGUGCAGUUUGUCACAGUUUCCGGAUGGUUAGAGAGUCAGGAAGGAAAAGACAUGAUCCAAAAGGCAGAGCUUGCUGAUCGAUCUUUCCAGGACUUGAUAAAGAUGAUCGAGGCAGACAAGGAGCGGCUCUGGAGCAUCAUCCCCUUUCUUCCGGAAUGGCUGGUGAAUCACCUUACCAGCAAGGAGUUUGAGGAGGCUUGCCACGAGCAGUUCGAUGGUCUUGACGUGGACGGUAGUGGUAGCCUGGAGCCUGUUGAGCUGAUCCCCAUUAUCCAGGCCAUCUGUCAGACGGAGGAUCACGGGGUGGCGAUCACCGAAGAGCGGUGUCAAAGGUUCACGUCGCUGUUUGACACAGAUGGCAACGGGGUCAUCAAGCGGGAUGAGUUCAUAGAGUUU